AACACCUCAUUGGGGAGUCUGUUCUACAUGUACAUGUAUAUGCAGAUGGCCUCAUAGCGUAAAGUAUUCAAGGCGAAUGUUGGCUUGAUUGUCAUUUAUUUUAUGAUGUUAUAAGUACUGUUUUCGGUGGUUUUCUUUUCUUUUUCUUCUUUUCUUUUUCUUUUUGGUUGUUUUAAUUUGUUGGGGCUUUUUCAUGCCUCUUUAUGAUUUAUAAAAAAUUUUCAAUAAGCAAACUUUUUUUUUUUUCAGAAAGAAAUCAUUUAUUUAGAAAAUGUGGCAUGUCGAAGAUGGAAUGUGUUUACGUACGAAUAUGGAACAGAUUGCAGCGCCAUCUUGUAUAAGUUCAAAGGGCGUUAAAUGAUGUCAAUAUGUUGGACGAACUCGAUAUCUUAUAAUUGUGGAGUAUUUGAUAAUAGUAUCGCUGGAUUUUCUUUUACUUACAUUAUGAUUUAAAGAUAAACGUAAACAGCUGACUAUCAACAAUGGCAAUGAGGAAUCUAGUCGAGGGGGAGUGUGGUGGGACCAACUCUCUGAUGAAGCUGACUUCUCACUACACCCAAGACAAAGCCAGGAGACAGGAGGGAUUUCUUCAUGGACGAAGCCCAAAUCAAGGCCUUGUGUCAGGACGACCAAUCCAAGAAGCAACAGAACGAGAGUUGGUGGACGAGUAUCUAACGGGUCAGAGGAUAAACAUGGCACCACAGACGUUCCACAUGGGGAGCCUCCUGCAGGAGAUGAGAGAAAUCGAGGAACAGGAAUACAAACAUGCACCCCAGAGAGCUCCAGGAAUUCUAGAAUUAGCAUCCAAUGAAAAAUGGGCUGAUGAAUUUUUAUCGACUGCCAAGGAACCGAUGGGUCCAAACUGGGCGGGUGAAUUCCUAGAUGAGAAGUCGCAGCAGAUGCUUCCUCACCCUGCCGGGGAUCUGAAGUGGGCCGAAGAGUACUUAGACCACACAGAGCAUAGACCAUGGACUGAAGAAUAUGAAAAGGAGGCGUUGGAUGAUACAAAAUGGAUAGAUGAAUAUUCCACGCAGGAGGACGACCUGGCUAAAACUGCCAAGGAGCUCCUCAGUGGUGUCACCGACCCCAAGUUGGCCAACUCAGAGUUUCUGAAGUUUGUGAAGAAAAUUGGGGAUGGGGACAUACAAAUCAGGGAUAAUGAAGUGAUUGAGAAAACUCCUGAUGAAAAAGCUGAGACGUGGGCUCAGGAGUUCUCCGCUACCCCCCAGAUGGAUCCUGGCCAUUCAUUGGUUGAUAAAUGGGAGGAGGAGUUUGCAGAGAUGACAGGAAACAGAGAGACAUCUGAUGAGGAUUUCUGGGAAAAAUUACAAAAACACUGGGAGGAAGUAGACAAAACCACAGAUGAUGGGCAUCCCUGGUUAACAGAGUUUGAGGAAUCUGAUCCUUAUAAGGUUUAUGAAUUUGAGGACGAGAAUCCUUUGAUUGACCACCCUGACCCAUUCCAAGCAGGGCUCGAGAAGUUAAAGGAGGGAGACAUUCCAAAUGCCGUGUUGUUGUUUGAAGCAGCCGUACAGAAAGACAAUCAAAAUACAUUGGCUUGGCAAUAUUUGGGAACAACACAAGCAGAGAAUGAGCAGGAACCAGCUGCCAUCAGUGCACUGAAAAAGUGCUUGGAGUUGGACAGUAACAAUCUGACUGCCCUGAUGGCGCUUGCUACUAGUUACACGAACGAAUCCUUGGCUGCUCAUGCCUGUCACUGCCUGAAAUCCUGGCUCAAAACAAAUCCAGCCUACUCACAUUUAGUUCCACAAGAACUGGAUUCGGCACCUAAAAUUACUUCGUACAUAUCCAAUACUGAACACACAGAGGUAAAGGACCUUUUUAUUGAAGCUGCUCGUCUAAUGAAAGAUGGUGAAAUAGAUGCUGAUGUACAGAGUGGUUUAGGGGUGUUGUUCAAUCUGAGUGGAGAAUACGACAAAGCGGUGGACUGUUUCUCAGCAGCCUUACAGGUCAAACCCAAGGAUGCCUUGUUAUGGAACAAGCUAGGUGCUACCCUCGCUAAUGGAAACCGCAGCGAGGAAGCGGUGGAGGCAUACCACCACGCACUACAGAUUUCCCCGGGAUAUAUCCGCUCACGCUACAACCUGGGCAUCGCCUGCAUCAACCUCGGUGUUCAUAAAGAAGCAGUCGAGCAUUUCCUGACGGCAUUAAACAUGCAGAAGAAAAGUCAACACGGAAUGAAAGAUCCACAAGUAAUCAUGUCUAAAAACAUCUGGAGCACAUUACGAAUGGCCAUAUCCUUAAUGGGGAAACCAGACCUGUAUGAUGUAUGUGAUAAUCAAGACUUAGAAAGACUUAAUUCAGAAUUUGGAAUGCACUCCUGAUAUAAAGCGCCCUCUGGGAAAGAGGAACAAAUUACGAAAUCAGGGGUGGAUAACCCAACCUUUUCUGGAUGUCAUUCCCUCAUCUGUUCCACGCAUAGUUCCACUUCACGGACACAGUGUGACUUUGAUGAUCCUCUGCCUGGAUGUUUGAGAAUGAUGUUGUAUAAAUAAUUAUCCGUCUUUUAACCUGAUAUUAUACUAAACAGAGGUCAUUUAUGGAAAGGGAUUAGAAUGUGCUCAAAGUAUUAAAAAAAAGUUUCAUUUGUCAGGUUUUGAAGAGGUAAGAGGAGUAGAAAUUUUAUGUAUUUUCUGUGAUAUUCUUUGUAAAAAAAAAUCAUAAAUAAACACAUAUUGCACCUU